AUGAAUAAAUUAUUGCUCAUAAUUCUGAAUUGCUGUUUGGGUAGUUUAUUUAUGGGGUUCUGUUUGGGUCAGAUGAAUGUGAUUAGUACAGAAGUAUAUAAUGUCUAUAAAAUUGAUGAUACUUUUACCAAAGGUCUGAUGCAAUCCCUAUUAACCAUAGGAGGAGGAGUAGGUUCCAUAUCAGCAUCAAUAUUGAUGGGCUUGUUUUCCAGGAGAAAGUGUCUCCAGAUAACCGAUGUCUUUGGAAUGAUGGCAAUAAUGAUAGCAUUCAUGGAUGAGAGCAGAUACUUACUAUUGGCUUCUCGGUUCUUUGUCGGACUUGUAUUAGGACUUAAUGGAGUCCUAGUACCUGUUUAUAUAAACGAGAUGUCACCAAAGGAGAAAGCAGGCAUCUUGGGAACAAUGAAUCAACUAUUUAUAACUUUAGGAAUAUUGACUACAUUUUUGAUGUCCUCAUUUUCAGAUGCAUCAUUGCCUAUCCCAUUUUAUAAAUUGAUGCUGUAUCUACCUAUGAUACCUUGUAUAAUAAGAGCUAGUGCAUUGUCAACUGUGUUUAAAUAUGAAACACCUGUAUAUUGCGCUAAACAUCAUUUAAAUUAGCAAUUACAUAAAGUUGUGGAAAUGAUAUACGAAGAAAAAGCAGAGAAAAUGUAUGAAUAAUUUUAAUAAUCACAAAAAUCAACAGAAAGGAGUAUGACUAUAAAUCAAUUACUAUCUUCAAAGUACAGAAGUCGAUUGAUUAUCGGAAUUUCUCUUGCUUCUUUACAACAGUUAGGAGGCAUAAAUGGGAUUAUGUUUUAUUCUUCUUCUAUAUUUGAUUAAGUGACUGGCCAAGCAGCAAAGAAAGUGUUUUAUUUAAAUUUAAUAGUUGGCUUUAUUGGAGUGUUUACAGCCUUAUUAGCCAACUGUAAUAAUCGAGUAAUUUGGAAGAAAGCCAAUUCUUAAAAAUAUGGAACCCUAUGGUGCUGUGUAAGUUUAUUGAUGCUGACAUUUGUAAUGUCCAAUAGCAUAGGGGAUACAUCAUAUGGAUCGUAUUUGAUAGUGAUUUGUAUAUUCUCCUAUCUAUUUGGUUUUGGAUUCUCCUUGGGCCCAUUAUUAUUUAUUUAUUUGACUGAAAUAUUGCCAGAUUUGGGAGUGAGUGCCAGUAGUUUAAUGAAUUGGAUGUCGGGAGGAUUAGUAGCCUAGAUGUUUCCGAUUAUAGCAUCAUACGAUAUAUCCUAUUGUUUUGGCAUAUUCUCCAUAUUUAACUUUGCAGCUUACUUGAUCAUCCAAUAGAAAGUGAUUGAAACGAAAGGAUUAGAUAGGGAAAGUGUGGACAAAUAUUUUGAGAAUCAAAAGUUUGAUUAGAUGCCUUAUUAGGAGGUUUACUAAGAAGAUAGGUUUCGUUGA